AUGAAAAUUUUACGCGAUGACACGAAUCGAGGCACAACAACUGCUACUUUAAAAAGAACAAAUAAAACUCAUGUACCGAGCGCUUGCAUAAAUUGUAAAAGAGCUCAUCUUGCUUGUGAUGUUGCAAGACCAUGUAAAAGAUGUGUAGCAUUAGGCAAGGUUGAUUCUUGCAUUGACAUAAAACACAAGAAACGUGGUCGUCCAAAAUUAAAAGAUAAAAAACCUCAUCCAUAUAGCACUCAUCCAACUGCUGAUGCAAGUAAUAGUGUUAACUCCACUUCUAAUUCAAAUUUACAAUAUUAUCCAUCAUCUACAACAUCGGCAAUGUAUAAAGAUAAUAAUCUAUAUCAUCCAUAUCAUAAAUUUGUUAAAAGCGAUGAUGUAUUCUUCUCUCAAGCUAAAGAUCUUCAUUGUCCUGCUCUCGGUGACACUAUAAUAGAGGUUGCUGACAUGAUUCAUUUGAAACAAAGAAAUUGCCAACAUGAUCUUUAUAAUGUCAGGAUGUAUCUUGGCGGUGGUUUGGGUGCUGAGUUGUUAAGAAAAGAUACUUGGAAUAAAUUUUAUGUCGUGGCUUCUUUCACUCGCUGA